CAUCACAAUCACAGUUUUGUAAGAUACACCCGCAAGAAGAACCUCCAGAAAAAUCUCCAGAUUGUGCCCUCGUUCCAUUUUUUUUGCCUGCUCAUGCUGAUAAUGCUGUCUCGCAUUAAGCAAACCGCACCGAACGGCUUGUUUCACUUUUAGUCCACACCAAAAGCCUGGCGGAUGUUCUUGCGGUUGUGCAUACGCUUCAUGGUCUGGUAGUAUAAAUUGUCCAACAUUGCAGCGAGGGCGUUUAGUACAGUUUGCUGAGUGCAAUUAACCAAAGCAAGCCGUGAGAAAGUGAAAUGGACGCGAAAGCGACACUAGUGACCCUGAACAAUGGGAAAAAGAUGCCCGUGCUUGGGCUGGGUACCUACAAUCUCCGGGGACAAAACUGUGUCGAUGCGGUAAAAACAGCAAUCGAUGCUGGCUAUCGGCACAUCGAUACGGCUUCGCUGUACCAGAACGAGGCAGAAGUUGGGCAAGCGAUAAGGGAAAAGAUUGCCGAUGGUACCAUCAAGCGGGAGGACAUUUUCCUUACCACUAAGCUCUGGAAUACAUCGCACGAACCGGCCCAAGUGCGCGAAGCGUUCGAUGCCUCACUCUCCAAACUCAACGUGGACUACGUGGAUCUGUACCUGAUGCACAGCCCGAUCGGUGCUACGGUGGACUCGAACGGCACUACCGUUCUUACCGACGUAGAUUACGUCACCACGUGGAAAGCAAUGGAGCAACUGCUCGAUACGGGGCUCGUUCGCAGCCUGGGAGUUUCCAACUUCAAUUCCGAACAGUUGCGCCGUGUUCUGGAGAACGGUUCGGUGACCCCGGUAACCAAUCAGGUCAAGUGUCACGUACGCUUGAAUCAGAAAAAGUUGAUCAAAUUCUGCAAAGAUCGUAACGUGAUCGUAACCGCGUACAGCCCACUGUACCGGCCGGGCAGUACGCUCGGUCCGGAAGACGGGAAAAGCUCCAAACAUCCAAUGGAAGACGCGCGGGUUGUAGAAAUUGCGGAGCGCUACAAGAAAACUCCAGCCCAGGUACUGUUGCGCUAUCUGGUCGAUAUCGGUACGGUGCCGAUUCCAAAGUCGGGCAACUCGGAACGUAUUCGGCAGAACUUGAACAUCUUUGACUUUGCACUGACGCCGGCAGAGGUCGUUACGCUCGAUGCGCUCAACACGGGCGAGCGGUUGGUGAAGUUUGAGAUGGGAUUGGCCCAUCCGUUCUAUCCAUUUGAAGCGGAAUUUUAAGUCCACUUGGAGCUGGAGGCGGAAGUGAAUCUUUAUCAGUGAAAUAAUCAAAUUAACAAGGUUUUAAGAUAA